UUUAUGCUUUCAUUAUAUGUCAUGUGCCAUCUUUUCAACUGGUAAAGCAUGGGAGAGUUCUCAUGGUUUCAAUGGACUCUACAAAGUACAUCUUGAAAGAGGAAAAAUAGUUUCUUCUCUCAACGAUGCAAUACAAAAUUGAAUUUUAACUAGACAACUUUUAGUCAUGUUCAAAAUCCUAUGCCAUUUGUCUUAUUUCGUACCUCUUUUUAUGACCGGGUGUCCGGACCAACCUGUCUGAUUUCAUGCUUGUGGCCUUGUGGGUGGUUUUGUGACUGCAUAGAACGGAAGGAGAAAAUGGAGAAAUCAAACUCCACUUCAUCAGGGAUACUAAGGACCAAGUCAGACCAACUAGUGGAGACGGUAAUGGCGGCGUUGAAGUCGCCGGCAGCAUCAAGUGACGCGCCCGGAGGGGCCGAAACAACAGGCGGCGGCAGCGGAGUGCUAUCGAGGAAGUCCAGCAAGAGACUGGCGACUGCGGCCUCGCCAGGGCGGAGCGGAGGCAGCACCAGCAAGAACACGCACAUUAGGAAAUCGAGGAGUGCCCAACUGAAGCUGGAUGUCGACGAGGUUAGCAGCGGCGCGGCUCUAAGCCGGGCCUCUAGUGCCAGCUUGGGAUUCUCUUUCUCCUUCACCGGCUUUGUGCCGCCGGAUGAGGUCGCGGAUAUGAUGCCGUUCAGUGACGAUGACAUGAUUCCUGAGGAUCUUGAAGCUGGCACAAGAAAGAUGAAGAUUCAAGCAGAGCCUACCUUGCCAAUCUAUCUCAAGUUCACAGAGGUGACAUACAAGGUGAUCCUCAAAGGAAUGACAUCAACAGUGGAGAAGGAUAUCUUGAAUGGAAUUUCCGGUUCAGUGAGUCCUGGAGAAGUUUUGGCAUUGAUGGGGCCCUCAGGAAGCGGAAAGACUACGCUUCUGAGCCUGCUUGGCGGCCGGUUGAGAGAGCCAACCCCUGGUGGUUUGGUUACUUACAACGACCAACCGUACUCCAAGUUCUUAAAAAGCAGGAUAGGAUUCGUGACUCAAGACGACGUUCUGUUUCCUCACCUUACAGUGAAAGAGACAUUGAGAUAUGCAGCUCUGCUACGACUUCCAAAGACGCUGGCGAAAGAGGAAAAGGAGAAACGAGCCAUAGAUGUGAUCUGCGAGCUGGGCUUGGAGAGGUGCCAGGACACAAUGAUCGGCGGGUCCUUUGUUCGAGGAGUUUCGGGGGGAGAGAGGAAGCGAGUCUGCAUUGGCAAUGAGAUCAUAAUCAACCCUUCCCUGUUGUUUCUUGAUGAACCAACCUCCGGCUUGGAUUCCACAACUGCGUUGAGGAUUGUUGAAAUCUUGCACGAUAUAGCGGAGGCUGGGAAAACAGUGAUAACCACAAUCCACCAGCCAUCAAGCAGACUCUUCCACAAGUUUGAUAAGCUGAUCCUUCUGGGAAAAGGGAGCUUGCUUUACUUCGGAAAGGCGUCGGAAGCAAUGGUUUAUUUCUCAUCUAUAGGAUGCUCCCCACUCAUCGCGAUGAACCCGGCGGAGUUCCUUCUGGACCUUGCAAACGGAAACAUAAACGACGUCUCCAUACCAUCAGAGUUGGAGGACAAAGUGCAGAUGGAGAACUCGGAAGCAGAGACGAGGAAUGGAAAGCCCUCUCCUGCAGUUGUACAUGAGUAUCUAGUGGAGGCUUACGAGACGCGAGUAGCGGACGAUGAGAAAAAGAAACUGAUGGUUCCUCUACCAAUCGAAGAAGAACUGAAGUCGAAGAUGCACACGUCAAAGAGAGAAUGGGGAGCGAGCUGGUGGGAACAGUUCUCCAUCUUGUUUCGGAGAGGGCUCAAAGAGCGGCGCCACGACUAUUUUAGCUGGUUGAGGAUUACGCAAGUUCUGACUACCGCGGUCAUCUUAGGAUUGCUAUGGUGGCAGUCCGAUAGCGAUAGCCCCAAAGACUUGCGAGAUCAGGCAGGGCUUCUUUUCUUCAUUUCAGUCUUCUGGGGUUUUUUCCCAGUCUUCACAGCAAUCUUCACAUUUCCUCAAGAAAGAGCCAUGCUGAACAAGGAACGGGCAGCCGAUAUGUACAGAAUAAGCGCAUAUUUUGUGGCCAGGACCUCAAGUGACAUCCCACUUGACCUAUUAAUGCCGGUUCUUUUCCUUGUCAUCGUUUACUUCAUGGCUGGAUUGAGAAAGAGUGCUGGCCCAUUUUUCCUAACCAUGCUCACGGUGUUCCUUUGCAUCGUGGCAGCUCAGGGGCUUGGACUCGCUAUCGGGGCUACACUCAUGGACUUGAAGAGAGCAACAACUUUGGCCUCUGUAACUGUGAUGACCUUCAUGUUGGCCGGUGGUUACUUCGUAAAGAACGUUCCGGUAUUCAUAUCCUGGCUCCGCUAUCUGUCUUUCAACUAUCACACAUACAAGCUUCUCCUGAAGGUGCAGUACGGGAACAUCACGCCCGCAGUUGACGGGGUAAAAAUAGACAGCUGCUUAACAGAAGUCUGUGCCCUCCUAGCUAUGGUGGUUGGUUACCGGCUCCUGGCUUACCUAUCUCUGCGAAGGAGGAAGCUCUAACCGGGAUCUUAAAAUAGUGCUCAAUUUUGUCAGUGAGCACAAGGAUGAACAAUUACAUUGUUAUCUCUACCACUUGCAGAGCUUACCUUGAGAAGACUCGAGUUCGAGACUACGGAAUACCACUGAUCCAGAACUUGAGUUUUUUUGGCAUCCCUUAGGAGUUAAGCCCCUCAUUGUAGUUGGAAAUACCAUAAAGGAGAAUAAGCUUGUAUCACAGGCAUGUGGGUGGAUGUAGCUGCUUAAGUUUCCUUUUCAAUAGUUUGCUCAAAAUUCAAUUUUCAAACUCCUUAUGUUAUACAGGUAGGGGUUCUUAACAUUAGUGAGAGUACAUUAAUUAUGUGCAGUUCAGCUUGGUUUUUGGUA